AGAAGUCAGAUGUGACUGUGAACCGGCCACGCCUCCAUCCCACCCGACCCGAAAGCUUUAAAUCCACCGCCAAAUUCUCCCUCACUUACCGUCUCUCUCUCUCUCUCUCUCUCUCUCUCUAACCAACAACAAUGGGUGUCAAGCAAGAUUCCACCGAACCAACGAUCGUGAUCAACCGCCUCAAAUUCACCUACCCCGGAAUCAACGGCCACCCGCCCCCCGGCGCCAAGCCCCUCAUCGAAGACUUCUCCCUCACCCUCAACGCCGGCGACCGAUGCCUCCUCGUCGGCUCCAACGGCGCCGGCAAGACCACCAUCCUCAAGAUCCUCGGCGGCAAGCACAUGGUCGAUCCCUCCAUGGUCCGCGUCCUCGGCCGCUCCGCCUUCCACGACACCGCCCUCACCGUCUCCGGCGACCUCUCCUAUCUCGGCGGCGAGUGGCGCCGCGACGUGGCGUUUGCUGGGUUUGAUGUGCCGAUUCAGAUGGAUGUCUCGGCUGAGAAAUUGAUCAAUGGGGUGGCGGGGAUUGACCCAAAUAGAAGAGCUGAGCUGAUCAAGGUGUUUGAUAUCGAUCUCUCGUGGCGGUUGCAUAAGGUCUCCGACGGUCAGAGAAGACGGGUUCAGAUCUGUAUGGGGCUUCUCAGACCGUAUAAGGUGCUUCUGCUCGAUGAGAUCACGGUGGACCUUGACGUCCUGGCGAGGGCGGACCUGCUCAUGUUCUUGAAGAAGGAAUGCGAGGACCGAGGUGCUACGAUCAUUUACGCGACACAUAUAUUUGAUGGAUUGGAGAAUUGGCCGUCACACAUUGUGUAUGUUGCUAAAGGGAAGCUGCAGUUGUCAAUGCCAAUGGACAAGGUUAAGGAGACGUACAAGCUGUCCCUUAUGAGGACGGUCGAGAGUUGGCUGAGGAAGGAGCGCGAAGAGGAGAGGGCGACAAGGAAAGAGAGGAAGGCAAGAGGUCUUCCCGAGUUUGAAGAACAAAUUGAGGGGAGCCGAGUAGUGGUUAACAAUGGUUGGGGAGCUGGGCGCCUCAACUCCACUGUUGCUGGAGAAGAGAACUUUGUGUUGAGCUCGAACAGAGUUCUCAGGCAAUAGAUACUUGAAGAGAAUUUGAAUGUGCUGCCUCUGGUUUGACGAUUUGUCACCGAUGUUUGGGAUGAACGUAUGACUUUGGUUUCUCUCCACAAAUCGGUUUGAGAUUUUUCAUAGAGCCUCUUUGAAUUGCAUUGUGUUCCAGUUCCGGCAGUUGGCGUGUAUACCACUUACCACAUACUCCAUUUCUGGAUAAAAGAAAUCAAGACCAUAUUUACUUGUACAAUCCAGUUUUUUUUCAGUUUGUUUUCGAUAUUCCACUUUCUUAUGGUUGUCCGCUCAAAUGCUAAAGUACAAUCCAGUUUUUCAGUUUGCUUUCAA